CAGGUGACUGUGACAGCAAUUCACUCAUUCCUGUUAAAAACAAAAAUGAUUACGCCUAGUUAUUAAAUAGUAAUUUUGCAUAAAUAAUUACUAAACGUAUUGUAUUGUUACUUUAUUAUAGUUUUAAGUUCCUUCUACGAAGGAUAUGAACACUUUUUAUUUGAUAUAAUGGUACAUAUAUCUUUGUAAAACAUCGAAAUUAUAAUGUUAGAAUAGUUUUAGAAGGGAAAUCAAGAAUGUCUGCUUUUAAUAUUAAGCCCUCAGGUGGGUGGAUUCAUUCUGAUAAAUUAAUUGCAAAACAAGGGGCUACAUACACUGUAACGUAUGUUGGAACCUUGGAAGUUAAAGUUUCCAUGAAAAAAUUAAAUUUUAAGACUAGGUCUAGUGUUGCCAAAGAAUGUAUCAAUAGAGUGUGUGAAUACUCAAAAUUAAAAAAUAUAGACAAAAAAAGGAAGAUAGACAAGAAAGUACUGAAGGCAAUUGCUGAAGUGCCUAACCUAAAGUUUUCUGGAUCUCGUGUAAAUCUCAAUGUAUCUAGCCUCAAUUUAACACUUACAUCACUCGAUACCAAUCAUAUUAUUGCUUGUCAUGAAAUGCCAAGAAUCUCAUUUGCAUCUGGAGGAGAUACUGACACUCUUGAUUUUGUAGGAUAUAUUGCUAAAGAUACAAAUGAACUAAGAGCUUGUUAUGUACUAGAAUGUGGAGGAGGGUUGGCAAAAGAUGUAAUUUCAACAAUAGGACAAGCCUUUGAACUGAGGUACCAGCAAUUUGCAAACAAGGCUCCAAUGGGAUUAGGAACAACCAUUGGCCAUUUUUCUGCAUCUACAGGUGGUGAUGCUGACAAAGACUAUUACAAUGAUCUUCCAGGAAAAGUACCACCAGAUGUUUGUGAACCUCCACCUGUUCCUCCUCUUCCAUCUCUUGUACCCCCUUUCACAACCCUUCCACCUGUACAAACUCCAAAUUUGAUAGAUUUGAAUGCAGAUGCUCUACUGGAAGGUCCACAUCAUGAUUAUGUUAAUGAUGGUGUCAUUCUGGUGAGGGAAAGAGAUGUUUUUGAUAUGCAACCUUUCACUCAUACAGCAGGAACCAUGUAUGACAAGAGUGAUGAUCCAAUAAGCAAGCUGGAAAGUGAAAUAUGGUUCCAUGGACAAAUUAGUCGAGCAGAAGCUGAAAACUUGCUUCAGAAAGAUGGAGAUUUCCUUGUAAGAGAAUCAACAAAUACCAUAGAAAGGCAAUUUGUUCUGUCAGGCAUGCAAGACAAUAACAAAAAGCAUUUGUUAUUAAUUGAUCCUGAAGGAAUUGUAAGAACUAAAGAUAGAGUGUUCAACAGUGUUAGUCAUCUGAUUGAAUUUCAUUAUGAAAAUGCUUUGCCCAUUAUAUCUGCAGAGAGCGCCUUAGUAUUGCGAAAUAAAAUACCACAUGCUUCCUAAUAUCAAUAUUAU